AGGGCUAGAAAGCAAGCGAGGUCUGGCGCUGCGCAUAGCAGUCGUGCCAUCGGGAAAAGACAAUCUCAUCCGCGCGCUGGAGGGACACAUCAGAGCCCCUCAGGCAGAACAGCUCAAGCGUUCGUCUGAUAAAGUGAAAGGAAACAGGAUUAUAUGGGCGUUAGAAACAGCUGAUUUCCUCGUGUUUGGAUGUUACUGCUUGAUAUUGUUCGAUGCGUAACGCUCAGCGCUCCCUCAUGUGAGGGUGUAGAAUGGAAACAAGCCUCUACCAAGACACCGUGAACACUCCAAGGGGCUCCAGCAUCUACACCCAGAGCACGAUGAUGAAGAAGGAGAUUAAUCUCAACCUAGAUGAGCAGAACCCCGAGCUCAAAUCCAACCCUCUCCGAGACACGGACGGACUUCUAAACUCUCCGGACUUGGGACUCUUGAAACUCACCUCCCCGGACUUGGAGCGCCUUAUCAUCCAGUCAAACGGUCUGGUCACCUCCUCCAGCAGCAACCCGGCCUCCCAGUUCCUGUACCCGAAGUCGGCCAGUGACGAGCAGGAAUUCGCAGAGGGCUUCGUGAAGGCGUUGGAGGAUCUCCACAAGCAGAACCAGCUGAGCGAGGCGGGGUGCGUCUCCGUGGACAGACUGGAGCUGCUAGGAUCGUCAAACGCGGUCGGCUCCUCGGGGCUCCAGACAUCAGACCUCCCCGUUUACACCACUCUCAACGGGUAUGCCGCCAGCCCGCUCGGAGCCACCACCAUCAACUACGCCACGGACACCAUCCCCUUCCCGCCGCCUCCGUCUCAUCUAGCCGGCGCGCAGCAACAGGCGGCGGCUGCGGCUGCGCUGUCACGACUCCAGGCUGCCGGCGGCGCGUUGAAGGACGAACCGCAGACCGUGCCUGACAUGCAGAGCUUCGGGGAGAGCCCCCCUCUGUCUCCCAUCGACAUGGACAACCAGGAGCGCAUCAAGGCGGAGAGGAAAAAGCUGCGGAACAGAAUAGCCGCCUCCAAAUGCCGCAAAAGAAAACUGGAGCGGAUCUCUCGGCUGGAGGACAAGGUCAAGAGUCUGAAAACGCAGAACACCGAGCUGGCGUCCACAGCCAGCGUCCUCAGGGAGCAAGUGGCCCAACUGAAGCAAAAGGUGAUGAACCAUGUCAGCAGUGGGUGCCAGCUUUUACCAAACCAGGUCCAAGCUUACUAAAUCCAGCAGUAGCCUACAGGAUGUAUUUACAGCUUUAAAUCUGCUCCGAGGAUGAGGCCUGUGCUUUGAGGAACAUUUGUGCCCUGUAAUCCUUAUCACAGACUCUGAUAUGAGGACACUUAAUGAACCAAGGAGAUAACGCCUGUAACUCAAAGACUUCACUAGACACAGGCCUUAAUGAGAGCAAAGUGUACUGGAAAUCAGCAGCAGGUAUUUAUGCUGCAGCCUACUCUGAUCAUUCAUGAAAAUGUGGCAGUGUUUUGCAGCAAACAGACUCAUUUGUUGCUUUGAAGCCAUGUAGCAAACAGCUAUCCACUGGACUCUUUGUGCAGGAUAGCAGUGUGUGUGUAAGCUGGACAAUCUCAACCUAAGAGUGCAACCAAACACCAGGGUGUCACCAAGUGCUGUCAUCCACAGUGUAAUAUAAUGCCUUACUUGUUUACAAGCACUUCGCUAUGACAAAUAUAUAUUUUAUUUACUGAAACAUUUCUUAUUUUACACAUGGUCUUACUUCUUGUAUUUGUUUUUUGCUAAAUUGAAAAGUGCAUGUCUCGUCGCUUUAGUGUACAGUAAUCUUGUAUCUCUCUUCAUGUUUGCUGCUGUAUAGUUGCCACUUCCAUGAAUGUAUGUGUACGUGCUCAACUCUUAUGUAUCCAUGUGUAAUGGACUUACAAGUCUACCUGACAUUUAUUAAAUUCACUACAUUACUA